UUUUUUCCUUGCUUUCCGUUCUUUCUCGUUCUUUCUCGUUUCUCUGUCUGCAGUUUCCAGCACGCCAUGGGCGCCAAGCAAAGCACCUACGACGAUGCCAGCCGUCGAUUGCUGCAGAGUCGCCAGGACUUGCGAGUGAUUCGCGCGGCCUUCCGUCGAGCAGCGGCACUCAACCCGUCGAGCGGCGGCGCAUCACCGCGCAGUGUUGGCAGUAGUAGCAGUAGUAGCACGAGUGGCGAGCUGGGACUCGUCGGGGGCAUUCCCGUCGAGGAAGAGCCGUUCGGGCCUGGAGCGGUGACGAAGGCGUCCAGCCAGCCAGCCAUCCAGAGCGCCCUCGCCGUCAUGGCACAGCCGCUGCCUGGGUACAUUGACCGCGAGACAUUCAUCCAGGAAGUGCUGGGCGAUGCAAUCCCGCCGCCACUCGCAGACCGCAUCUUCAAGGUCCUCGGUGGGCGGCGCAAUGUCGGCAUUGGCUACAAGGACUACAUUGUCGGGCGCUUCUUGUUCACCGAGGCCGAGGCGCCGCACAGAGACAAGCUCGUGUUUGACAUUUACAACAUUGAUGGAAACGACCUCCUCACGCGCAAGAGCAUCCUCGAGGUCCUGCACACCCUCGAAGGCGUCACGGUGCCGUCACCCGAGCUGCUCGCCUGGCUCGACGAGGUUUUGCCGGUCGUCGUUCCACCGCCACAGCAGCUGCUGCUACAACCAUCGCAGGCGCAAACAACCGCUCAGCAUUCGUCCAGCAAUCUCUCGUCUUCCGGCGCUCCCGUCAACGGCUCGUCGGAAAAGCUACUCGGAGACGAACUGAACGCUUCUUCCGACAAGCCGACGCGGCGAAGCAGCUCGUCGACGCGCCACAGCUCGAACUCAUCCUCGGCCACUCCUCUCCCCGAAGUUGCCGCAUCAUCUGUAGCAGCGGCUGCCGGCAGUGGUGACGACGAGUUGGAUGAAGAAGCGCUGCCUCCGCGCUCGCACCUCACCAAGUCCGCCAGCAACACCAGCCACCCGACUCCCCUUGAUGCGCAAAGUGCGUCCCACAAUACCCGUGCAUCCACUGGCGCCUUGUCAUCAUCGGCGGGUGCUCAACCUGCUGCUGCUGCUGCUGGGGUGCGCAUCGGCCAGUUUAGCGCGUUUGUGUCUGAGCCGAAAAACCGGCACGCAACUCCACUCAUCAGCUGGCUCAAUCAAGUGUCGUCGUCGUCCUCCUCCUCCUCCUCCUCGUCAGACACCUCUCUCUCAACCACCUUCUCUUCACCGUCAGAUUCAACACCGCUACCUCUCGUUCCCACACUCUACCAGAGCCUUGCCGCAGUGACAAAGUUCAGCGAGCCUGCCAUCAGAGAGCUCGAGCGCCGCUUUUAUGACUGCUGCACGCGGUUUGGCCGAAUGGACGCUGCAACAUUCCGCUCGGUUUUAUCGCCGCCAUUGCCAGAACCACUGUGCAACUCUCUGUUCCGCCUCCUCGAUGACAACAAGGACAACUUGAUCAAUUUCCGCGAUCUCGUAUGCGGACUGAGCGUGUGCUGCCGUGGAUCUCCGAGCGCAAAGCUCGAGUUUCUCUUCAAAAUGUUUGAUCUUGAUGGGGACGGCCGAUUGUCGCGCAACGAAUUUGUCGAACUCGUCAAGACUGUGGAAACGAUGGAAGAUCGCGUUAUUGACGUGAAACCGGAUGGUGCGAUGCGUCUCGGUCUGGAAGGCCCUCCGCAGCUCGAGGUCGACCUUGUUGCGUAUGGCGCGUCGGCCAUCAAGGCGGCCACUUCCAUCGUUAGCUUGUCCACCGCCGACAACCAACCAGUCUCAGCCUCCACAUCCGAGUCUCACGGCGGAGAAGCGACGACGGCCGCCACUUCAGCGUCACUGUCCGAGUCAAUAUCGCAGUCUGCCUCCGACCCGAAUGCCGGCUCGGGUGUUGAAGCGAUUGGCGAAGCUGCUGACAGGAUUGUUCGCCGAGCCGAACACGAGUUUGCCGAGAGCGAUGCUGAUCACGACGGCUAUUUGACGAUAGCCGACUUUGUGGCCUGGGCGGAGCACAAUCCGCUCGCCACGCAGUGUCUCGACACAGUCUGGCAGGUGAGCCACUUGUCGCUCGGCUUGCGACCUGACUCGCGCGAGCAGGAAGCGCAGCUCAUGGUGCAAUGGAUGGCGCAAGAACGGUCUCGGCCACUCGUGCCUGGCGCUCGCGUGUACCUCAUCCCUCGGUCCUGGUGGCUUGCUUGGAAACGCUAUGUGGGAUGCGAACUCCCCGAUUCGCUGUUGCUGGUGGAAAAUCUCGUCCCCUUGGCCCAGCAGGCUCCAGCAACACACGGCAGCAGCAAUGUGAGCAGCGCCAUCGCCACCGCCACCGCAACGACCGCCAGCACGCCGGCACCCACCACCAUCAGCACCCUGAACACGCCUGGGUUGGGCCUAGCAGAUCCAUUUUCAGUCUCCACCACCUCGCUCAACGCCCAAAGUGGCGGUGGUGCUGGCGCUAACGCCUCCUCGUCUUCUCGUACAUCCAGCAUGUCCAGCAACAAUACAGUCCGGUCGUCGCGCACUUCCAGCGUUGCCGGCGCACUGUCGCCCGCUGUGCACGUUGCCAGCGGCCCGGCGCCGCCUCCAGGACCCAUUGAUUGCUUGCCUCUGGUGAUUUCAAGCGACAGCCGCAAAAAUGCACACUCCAUGUUUGGCCCGCUUCUCAAGCCCGGCCUCGUCAAGAAUCGCCAGUUUGUUUACCUCACCGAGAAAAUUUGGAACUUGUUCUCGAGCUGGUACACGUGCCCCACCGAAGUGGCACGCCCGAUCGUUGCAGAUCCGAGUGGCCAAGGUGUCCGAGUCGACCUGUACCCCAUCAGCAUUCAGUUCUUCAAGCACCAGCUCUCGCAACCUUGGACUCAGACUCUGCUCUCGUCCAUGCCCAGCGUCUCGCCUUCUUCGAUCGGCAGCAGCAGCAGCAGCAGCAGCUACAACCAUGCCAAUCACAACCCCUCCAACGCAGACUAUCGACGCCGGCAUGCCUUCCAUCUCGCAGUCAAUCGCACCAUGUCUGUCAAAGAGCUUAUCGAGUACCUUGGUUCGAAACUUCGCUCGGUCACGUUCAAAGAUUGUCGGCUGCCUACGUUGAUGGAUGCCACCGACAUUCGUCUCUGGCUUGUUCCUCCAGCCAGUGUCAACUCGCUGGCAUCAUCCAGUGCGUCACAGCGACCUGCCACCACCGCUUCCGGACAGCCGCUUCUGACUGCGCUCCCGUCAGCAGACCCCUCCUCCACCUCUGGUGACCAACCUGACGGCCAAGCCACGACCUCGGCAGCUUCCCCAGAUGAUGGCACUGCGGAUGACACUGCGGCGGAUGAUGAGCCAUCACAAUCUGCCGAUGACACCUCUGUGGCCAAAGCCGACGAGCGAGCCGAGCCCGCUGACAGCAUUUCCAAUUCAGCCCCAACCCCAGCACCCGUGGCUGUGGCUCCUGCACCAUCUCCACGAGCUCUUCCGCUCGCGUAUGCCAACGCUCCGCUUGUGGUUGCUCCUCCGCUCCCGCUCGCCAGCCAGAACGGCAUGAUCUUUCUGGACGAUACGGCCAUGACGCUCGACCAGCUCGGUGUUGCAGACGGUGCCACGCUUGUCGUGGAAAUUCGUGCUUCCGACAAGAGCUGGCCAGAGGAUGUCAUGGCUCGCAAGGCCGCGGCGACGGGCGACGCAUCUCGAGCUUCCGGGUCUACCUCCUCCUCCUCGGCGACUGCCUCCUCGACAGCAGCCGCCUCGUCGAAACUGCCAGAGGAGAAGGGCUUGACAGGCCUGCACAACUUGGGCAACACUUGCUUCCUCAACUCUGCCCUGCAGUGUGUCAACAACACCCAGCCGCUGACGCAGUACUUUUUGAAUGGGCUGCACACGUACGAGUUCAAUGUCAACAACCCGAUUGGCAUGAAAGGAGAGGUGGCCAAACAGUAUGCAGCGCUCGUCCAGCAAGUGUGGGCGGGCACAUCGACCAGCGUUUCUCCCGCCAAGCUGCGCUCGACGAUCGCCAAGUACGAGCCCCGGUUUAGCUCCUUCCAACAGCACGAUGCACAAGAGUUCCUCGCGUUUUUGCUGGACGGCUUGCACGAGGAUCUCAACCGCGUGCUCAGCAAGCCGUACGUGGAGCUCAAGGACUGCGAAGACGGCACGCCCGACGAAAUUGUGGCCGCCCAAUGGUGGGACAACCACUUCAAGCGGAAUCGCUCCAUCAUUGUGGAUCUCUUCCAUGGUCAACUCAAAUCGCAAGUGCGGUGCCAGACAUGCAACCACAUUUCGGUCAGCUUUGACCCGUUCACCUUCCUGUCUCUGCCUCUGCCUGUCGAGCAUGACAUUUUCAUGGAAACGGUGCUGCUUCGUGCUGACGGCUCGCCGCCAUCCCGCUACGGCAUCACCCUUGAUUCCGGCAAUCAAUACAGCCAUCUCAAGGCCAGUCUGGCCAAGCUCGCCAACAUUGAGGAAGUAGAGUCGAUCGCUCUCGCUGAAGUUUCCAACUCUGCCGUUCUUCGCUUCCUCAACGACUCGGACGAAAUCCGGCCCAUCAACCGUGGUCAACUGGUUGCCUACCAUGUGCCAGGCAUUCGCAUGACGUCCGCCAUCCCCGUGUUCAAGCUGCGUAGCCGUCCUUCAUCGAUUGUGAUCGAGGGGCCGUCGUCUCUUGCCGCCGCAGCCGAUGACCAGAAGCGUGCGAGUGGGUCUGAGAGCAAUGAGGGUGGUGAUGUCGAGGAACCGACGGCUGAUGAAGCCUCUGUGAGUCAUCCAGUCGUAGCCGGUUCCGGCAUAUUCGAUGAAGCGCUUGCGGACACUGCUGCAUUGCUGCCGGAGGAGCGGCCUACAACUGGGGAGGACACACUCACACCUCCACAACAGCAACAUGCCAGCACAGAGCCUGCCGCUCCGGCGCCUGCCACCCCAGCUGCUCCUGUCGUGCCUGUGCGCUCCCACUCGAACAGUCGACCGUCUUCGCAGGGCAAAUCCCAAGGAAUUAUCUCGAGGAUUCUGAAUGCAUUUGGCGGUGGGUCGGACAAUGGACGCACAAGCGACACCAACACACUAAAGCCUGGGAUGGGCCUUCACUUCCCGCUCUUCCCUCCAGUGCUCCCCUCGCAGCACUGCAUCGUCAUUGUGCAUCGACGGGUGCUGCCGUCCAAGCUGUUUUAUCUGCAACCUCUGCGCGCCACCUUGUUCAACCUCCCGUCGAUCAUCAAACGCGACGCAGGCAUGACUGUCGGCGACUUGUACCAACGCGUGCACUCGCUGGUGAAGCGCUUCAUCCUGCGCACAUCCAUGGCCGCGUCCCUCGUGGCAGACUUUCGUGGCAAGCAGUCUUCAACGGCCGAAGGCUCGUCGUCCACCAGUGCCGCCGUUUUGGGUGAUGGUUUAUUUGUGUUGCGCCGCGUUGAUCACACUGGCCUGGUGUGUGGUCGCUGCCCCUGGUAUCAGUUCUGCACUGGCUGCGACUUGACCGACCCAGACCAACCGAUGUUUGGCAUCAAUUACGUAGCGAUUGACUGGAAUCCUGUGGCUCUGCAUCUCGUGUAUUCCAACGAGGAGGAGAUGAAAUGCUUGGAUCAUCCAUCCAUUGCUGAGCACAAACGGUCUCAGGACGAAACCAUCAGUCUUGACGACUGUCUGAAGGCCUUCACGAAAGAAGAAGACUUGGGUGCCAACGACUUGUGGUACUGUCCCAAGUGCAAGGAUUUCCGCAAAGCAUCCAAAAAGAUGGACAUUUUCAAGUUGCCUCCCAUUCUGGUCAUCCACCUCAAGCGGUUCCAGUUCGUCAGCGGCCGGUGGUCAAAGUCUCAAAAGCUCGUCCAGUUCCCCGAGCACAACUUUGACGCUGGCAGCCUGGCUGUGUCGAGUGCGCCGUUCGUCUCGACGUUUGUCGCGCGAGAUUCGUCUGCGGCGGCAGCGGCAACAACGGCUCCUCCCAAAACUGCCACACCAGAAGGAGCUGCUGAGCCUGCACAGUCCUCGGACACUUUCCAACCGUCGCCUGAAUCGAACGGCGAUGCCACCCCAGCGAACAAGGCACUUCAUGCAGAGGCCAGUACGCUCGAUAGCCCUUCAGCAACCUUGACGCCAACGAAUGGACACCACCACAGUAACGGACACCUUCCUUCUUCGGCUGCGUCCUCCACUCCUCCGCCCGAAGCCCCAUCGAGAUACGACCUCUAUGCCGUCUCGAAUCAUAUGGGCGCGCUUGGGGGUGGCCACUAUAUUGCGAAUGCAAAACACUCCAAUGGCAAAUGGUACACGUUCAACGACAGCAUUUGCAAACCUGCUGCUCAGGAAUCCAUUCAUUCGCCCGCAGCCUACGUCCUGUUCUACCAGCGCCAGGGUCUUGACAUUUCGAGCUUUUUGCCUGUCAUUGAGAACGGCCGCGCUGUUGUCCAAGUGGAUGAUGGCGAGGAAGUUGUGCCAAGGCCUCAAAACCGUUGCACAAUUUCUUGA